AUGGCACCUUCAGACCUAGAUCAGCUUCGCCAAAAUAUUGCAACUUGGUCGGGCUGCCAGGAAAAUGUGCAGAGACGGAGAGACCUGCGGGCGUCCGCCCUCGCAGUGGCCGCCUCUUUGGGCACUCCUGAGGAUAUCUUUGCUGACGCCUUUUAUCAGGUAGAGACAUCCACGUCUGUUGGUCUAUGGGCGUGUUACCGGGGCUAA